AUGGCAAUUGUGGCUCAUUUUGAUUUAGAACUUCAUCAAAUGGAUGUGAGAACUGCGUUCUUGAAUGGAGACUUGAAUGAGGAUGUUUACAUGUCUCAACUUGUUGGUUUUGAAGCUUCCGGUAAAGAACAUUUAGUUUGCAAGCUCAAGAAAUCCAUUUAUGGAUUAAAGCAUGCAUCAAGGCAGUGGUAUUUAAAGUUUGAUCAUAUAGUCAUCGUCAAUGGUUUCAAGGAGAAUGCUGUUGAUCAGUGCAUAUAUAUGAAGGUCGAUGGGAGCAGUUACAUAUUUCUGGUCUUGUAUGUUGAUGAUAUUCUGCUCGCUUCUAAUGACACUGACCUGUUGUUUAGGACAAAGCAAGUGUUAUUUAGCCAUUUUGAUAUGAAGAUCUUGGCGAAGCCUCUUAUGUUUUGGAAAUACAAAUCCUUCGAGACAGAGCUAAUGGCACCAAUUGUUAAGGGUGAUAAGUUUUCCAAAGCCCAAUGUCCACAAAAUGAUAAAGAAAUAGAUCAUAUGAAAAUUGUCCUAUAUGCAUCAGUUGUUGGCAACCUUAUGUAUGCUCAGGCUGUGGAUGACAAGAGAUCCACUUCUGGAUAUAUUUUUAUGAUGGUAGGAAGAGUUAUCUCGUGGAAAAGUGUUAAACAGACACUUACAGCUUCUUCGACCAUGGAGAGGACGAGUAGAGAAGAGUUCAAAAACCCUCCAAGCUUCCUUCGGUUAUCUCAGAUUGCUGAUCAGAUUCCGGCCAAACUGACUGACGUCGUUCCGUUGCCGGCAGCAGCCGAAGCAAGAGAAAUUGAGGAGAUUCGUGACAGACUAGACGGCCUUGCCAAACAAAAAGAUAUCCUUGGUUUAAAAGGUGUCAAAGAUAGGCCUUUACAAAUAUUACCUGCUCCUUUGGUGGACGAAUCUCGUGUUUAUGGAAGGGACAGGGAUAAAGAGUAUAUUAUCGAGCUGCUGUUGUCGGAUGUUCUUAGUGACGAGAAGAUAUCUGUUGUUUCCAUCGUGGGCAUGGGUGGUAUUGGCAAGAUCACUCUUGCUCAGCUCGUUUACGAUGACAACAGUGUGAGAAAUCAUUUCGACCUUAAGGCUUGGGUUACUGUAUCAGAUGAAUACGAUGUUCUUAAAAUAACAAAGCAAAUUAUUGGUCAGACUGUGCUAAAAUAUUGUGAAAAUGAAAACCUAACUCAAAUUCAACUUGAUUUGAGCGAGGCUUUGAGAGGGAAAAGAUUUCUCUUGGUUCUUGACGACGUUUGGAAUCAAAGCUAUGACUCGUGGGAUGUCUUAAAGAGUCCUUUCCAAUCAGGAGCUCGUGGAAGCAAGAUUAUAAUGACGACCCGUGAUGAUGCUAUUGCAAAAAUGAUGGGCGUCAAAACUCAUUACCUAUAGACAGUAUCUGAUGAUGAUUGUUGGAGGUUAUUUGAAGAGCAUGCCUUUAAAAAUGUUAGCACGGAUUCAUUUCAUACCAAGAUCUGCUUGCAAUUGGCCGAGAAAUUGUUAAAAAAAUAAAAAAGGGUCUACCUUUAGCGGUCAAAUCUCUCGCUGGUCUCUUACGCACUA